AAGUCAUGCAUGUCUUUGCUUUGCCUUCAAUUCAACAUUGUUCAAUGGCUUCAAAUUUUGGGCAUUUCCCCAAACCAUUGCCUUAUAAACUCAAGCACUCAAAAAUUCCAUAACCUAAUUUUUUGCCCCUCUCCCAUAACCAUGGUGGACAAGGACCAAGCUCAGCCCCUCGCCCCAGCUACCCAUCAUCGUUCGAGCAGUGACAACGGCGAAACAAACUUACAUCUAAAGAGAAUCCAACGAAGAAGGUUCAUUAAAUGUUGCGGUUUUAUAGUUGUCUUUCUUAUAAUACCAACGAUAAUGAUAAUCAUCAUCUUGAUGUUCACUCUAUUUCAAAUCAAGGAUCCCGUAAUCCGAAUGAAUAGAGUUUCAAUCACAAAGCUUGAGUUGAUCAACGGCGCCAUACCAAAGCCAGGAUCCAACAUGUCACUGACCGCGGACGUAUCGGUGAAAAACCCUAACAUGGCAUCGUUCAAAUAUAGUAACACAACCACAACUCUAUUCAUUAAUGAGACAGUAAUAGGAGAGGCACGAGGGCCUCCAGGGAAAGCCAAGGCACGACGGACGGUGCGAAUGAACGUGACCAUCGACAUUGUCGCCGAUCGAGUCUUGUCGAACCUCGAUGACGACGUGAGCUUGGGAAAGGUGAGAUUGAGAAGCUUUUCGAGGAUUCCGGGGAGGGUGAAGUUGUUGCAUCUUAUUGGGAGAAACGUUGUUGUCAAAAUGAAUUGUACAUUCCUGAUCAAUAUUUUCAAUAGGUCAAUUGAGGAUCAGGAGUGCAAGAGGAAGGUGAAAAUGUAGACUUUUUUAAUAUAUAUUAUUUUUUCUUCAUUUUGAGGUU